AUAACGCGUCCUAGUUCCUAACCGAGGCACUAACGUAAAACGGCACGAAGCGUCCUAGUUCCUAACCGAGGCAAUAACGCAGUCUGUUGUCUUUGGUAUUUUUUUUCAAUCAUUUAAAUAUCAUUGGUCCGCCCAAAACUUCUGUAACAACCAACAGAAAGUCUUUGUCCUUCGUUUUUUAUUUUUUAAACCAAUGACAAUCAACAAAAAUUUUGUAAAUAAGAACAUAUUCGUGAGUGAAGUACGCGACAAGACAAGUGCCUUCCGCCAUUACUGUUUUUAUUGUGCGGUGUGUAAAAUUUAUUAGCGGAAUUAUGUCAAAAUCUUUUAGAAGCAAGCAAAGAGCUAUGGCUCGUAUCAAUGAAUCCCGAUCCCGAUCACGUUCACGAUCCCGUUCACGGUCUGUGACGCCGGCAUCAAGAUCGAGGCGGUGCUUGAUCGAGCAAAUGGUGUCAACGCACCAGCGGAGGGAACCACACGUAGAGGAGAUGCCAAAAAUUUGGAAACCGCCCGUUGUCGUUGAUCAAGCACUAUCUGUUCAGCGAACACCAGGUGGUUCAAAUUAUGUGGACCCCACGGCUUUGGUUCCAAUCUGCCAAACUCCCCGGGGUAGUGUGCGUCGCCAAUUCCCCCUCAAAAUAAAACUGGAGCAGUCAAUGCUCACCUCCGCACUAGAGCGGGUUACGGAAAUGGGCAUUGACGAAGAAGAAGGGAAGGAAUUGUUCGAGCAAAAGUCGACGCACAUUAUGAAGUGGCUGCAAGAUAUCCCGGGGAGUUCAACACAGAUGGAACAGCAGCCUGGACCCAGCCAGCCUAAUAUGCCAUCAAAAAGUGGGGUACCACAUAACAUAUACCAAGAAAAUGUCGGGAGUGAAUUUGACUCCGAAUUCGAUGAUGAAUUCGAAUUGCAGGAAAAUUUGCCAAUAACAGCUGCGGAGGAGCAAGUGCCGUUAUCGGAGGAGAUGAGCCGGGCCUUGGAUGACGCAGCCGAAAAUUUGCCGGGCAUAUCGAGUGAUUUUUCGUGGCAGGCCGAUUAUAAUACCUUUAGCGGUCAUGCUGAGAUAUUUUCUGGUCCAACUCCUGGACCUAUCCAUGACUACGAUGGUCCCUAUGAAGCUUUUACUAGUAUAUUUACUAGUGACUUCAUGGGGACCAUCGUGCGGGAGACCAACCGAUAUGCCCGGCAAACUAUCGAUGCACGUAGGGAAUCAGGGCAAUUAACACCUACAUCUCGUCUAAGUCGGUGGUCUGACACCAACUUAGACGAGAUGUAUGUUUUUAUUGCCCUAUUCAUUUUGAUGGGCAUCGACAUCCGAACGUCACUUCAUGAAUACUGGCUCACGACUGGGAUUCUGCAGCUGCCUUAUUUUAGGCAGCUGAUGUCAUACAAUCGGUACAUUUUGCUAAACAAAUUUCUUCACUUCAUGGACAAUUCUGCUCCGCAGAAUUUGCCGCAAGGGGAAGGGUAUUCACUUUCAGCUAGAGUAGCGAAACUGGCACCUGUAAUAGUCCAUUUAAAUAAGCAGUUCUCGGCUCUGUACAAUUUAAAACAAGAUAUUGCCAUUGACGAGUCUUUGACCUUAUUCAAGGGUCGGUUGUCUUGGAUCCAGGCAAUAAGGUCAAAGGCUGCGCGCUUUGGCAUUAAAUCUUUUGAAUUGUGCGAGUCGAGAACUGGUUAUCUGUACCAGUUCCGAAUAUAUACCGGCAAAAAUCCCGCAGGUAACGAUUUCGUCGCGCCUAGUGAAUACCUUGCUGGAAAAACAACGCAAGUGGUACUUGAUUUGUUAUCAGGCCUUGAAAAUCGAGGGCAUCUUGUCACAAUGGAUAAUUUUUAUAAUUGUCCAGCUUUGACAAGAUACCUUAAGAGUUUAGGGUUUGAUAAUUUAGGCACUUUGCGUCCGAAUCGCAAACAUGUACCAGUGGAGAUCGCGAAGGCUUCGCAGAACGUGCCAAAGGGGACAAUCAUCGCUCGCCAUUCUGGAGACGUUUCAUGUAUUGCAUGGAAGGACUCCAAAAUGGUGAACAUGAUUUCGUCUUAUCACACUGACGAAACUUACGUUGGUCGUAAGGCAGGAAGGGAUCUCGUAAAGCCUGUUGCUGUACGGGAUUACAAUAAUACCAUGGGAGGUGUUGAUCUUAAAGAUCAAAAACUUUCUAUGUAUUUAUUGGAGAGAAAGAGAUGUGUGAAAUGGUAUGUAAAAAUGUUUAAAAGAUUACUAAAUGCAAGUGUGCUAAAUGCAUUUGUUAUGUUAACCGAAUCAUUAAAGCGUCGCGGUUUGCCUUUGUUGUCGCAUCGGAUGUUCCGCACUCAACUAGCCGAAUCUCUCGUGCAGAAACACUGCCAAAGAGCCCCAAGAGAUAUUCAGGUAGAUGAAACUGAACAUCUGAGGCUUCGCAGAGACUUGCUGCAUGUUCCUUUAAUGUUUCGGGGAAACGAAAAUAGAUCGCUUUGCCACAUUUGCUUGAGGAAUGAUAUUAAAAGAAAAGUUAAUUUCAAAUGCAAAACUUGCGAUGAAUUUAUGUGCCUAGGAAGUUGUUGGGAGACUUGGCACUCCGCUGAAGAACUUCCUGGUAGGGUUGUUUUAUCUCGCAAGAGUAGGCGCCGAAAUUAACUUUUGGUUUAAUAUCAUUGAGUGAAUGUGAUGAAUGUUAGCGGGAUUUAAUGCCAUGUUUGCGAUUCGUGGGUAAAGUUAAGACAUUCAUUCGUUGUUUCUUCUCAGCAGUGCGAAAUGCUAGUAGUUGCCAGAUAAUGUCCAUGAAAUGAAGGAAUUUGUUUAGCAGCGUUACCGCUUCUUCUGCACUGACGCCUUGGAAAGGGCAGUAAACUUAGUUUUGAGUAAUUUAUUUGACGUCCACCAAUGUUGUUAAACCAUACGUUUUGACAAUUAUUAAGCGAUAUAUAGUAUCCUAUAGUAAUGAAUAAAAAUUUUGAAUUAGAAUUUUUAAUUUGAGCAGUUUUUAAGAAUAAAUAAAAAGGUUAGCUUUCGUCGUCGACUGUCUAUUCUAAGUUUGGAUAAUUGUGAAGUUGACGUUGUUGAAGAAAAUGCUGCAGUGCAGUUUGUUAUCGCUUCUUCUGCACUGACGCCUUGGAAGCGGCAGUAAACUUAGUUUUAAGUAAUUUAUUUGACGUCAACCAAUGUUGUUAAACCAUACGUUUUGACAAUUAUUAAGCGAUAUAUAGUAUCCUAUAGUAAUGAAUAAAAAUUUUGAAUUUGAAUUUUAAAUUUGAGCAGUUUUUAAGAAUAAAUAAAAAGGUUAGCUUUCAUCGUCGACUGCCUAUUCUAAGUUUGGAUAAUUGUGAAGUUCACGUUGUUGAAGAAAAUGCUGCAGUGCAGUUUGUUAUCGCUUCUUCUGCACUGACGCCUUGGAAGCGGCAGUAAACUUAGUUUUAACUAAUUUAUUUGACGUCAACCAAUGUUGUUAAACCAUACGUUUUGACAAUUAUUAAGUGACUAGCGAGCCGCCCCGGCUUCGCACGGAUGCACAGCCGAUACUAAAUAUAUCUCUAUUAGAACUAACUAAAGGACCGCCCGCACAGCGGCUAACUAAGUCUUGCUCACUUCGCAACAGGCCGUGCAGCAGAAAUCGCGGAUAUUUAUAAGAUCUACAAUUAAUUAAAACAUUGUAUGGUUCUAUCUUUUGUAGUUUAGGCAGCGUACGCAAAAUAAGUAACUUUUUGGUUGAUUUUUUCAGUUUGUGUCCGAAAAAUCCAAAUAUAUUACGGAACCCUAUUUUUUUUCCAAAAUAAAAUAUAGUCUAUGUUACUCGUGGAUAAUGUAGCUUUCGAAUGGUGAAAGAAUUUUUAAAAUCGGUCCAGUAGUUUUUGAGCCUAUUCAUUACAACCAAACAAACAAACAAACAAAGUUUUCCUCUUUAUAAUAGAUAUGAAGUAUACUAUAAUAAUGAAUAAAAAAUUUGAAUUUGACUUGCUAAUAGUUUGUAGCUUUGAUAAUAUUAUAUAAUGAAAUUUUUUUAAUAGUGAAUAUGUGCCUGUAAAGGUCUUAUUUCUGAAUAAAUGCUUUGACAUUUGACCAGGGUUCUCAAGUGAUCUGUAUUUUUCAUUAAAAAAAAUGUGGAAUGGCUAUAAUGUGUAUUAUUAAAUAAUUAAAAUUAUCAUUAUCCCCUGAUUUAUUUAUUUAUUUAAAACACUAUUGCACAAAUUAACAAAAAAAUAUGUACAAAAGUGGACUUCAUGCCAUAUGGCAUUCUCUACUGACUAGUCUGAUGACUGACUAACCAUCAGACCAAACUGUGAUAGCAGAAUGGUGCGAUAAAGCGCAAAUGAUCUAUUACUAGCUGCGCCCCUGGGCUUUGGUCCCGUGAGAAUUUCGGGAUAAAAAUUAACCUAUAUUUCCAGGUAAUAAUUCUACCUAUGUAUUAAAUUUCAUCAAACUCCAUCCAGUAGAUUUUACGUGAAAAAGUAACAAACAUCCAUCCUUACGAAGUUGCAUUUAUAAUAUUAUAUUAGUAGGAAGUAGGAUGGAUCUGGAAUAUAAGAAUAUCCAAGAGGAUGUUGUUAUAUAAAUGUAAGUAGUAUCUAUCUAUCGCUACACAAAUCUCAAACUCACGUUCGAUCUAUGUGAUUUGUUCUUUUUUUUAUUAUAGCUGUAGCCCACGGCUCCGCCCGUGGUAAAAAAGUAGCUCCUGAAGGUUUAAUCUGUCUCUGUGACAAUUUCAUUAAAAUCUGUGCAGUAGUUUCUGGGUUUAUUCAUUAUAAACAAAAAAAAAAACAAAUCUAUCGCGGAGAAGCAAUA